AUGGCCAAAGAAGAAGAGACUGUGAACUGGGCAUACUUUUCGCGCAAGUCUACAACGGCCACAAGCAUCGGAGACAGUGUGGCGUGGACCGAAGAUCUCUACUCGAAUCCGGCGUACUUCGAGUGUUGCGACGGCGAUGAAGGUGUCAUCUCGUUGUUGCAUCCCGGGGUGUAUCAAAUCCAGUCCAAGCUCGGCAAAGCUCUCAAAGCUAUUGCGUACACGGCAUUUACGACCGAGCCUUGUGAUGUGGAGGUGUCGUGCAGUCGUGUCGUGGACGCUGGAGCGACCAUUCAGAUCUUGCUCGUCAGCCUGUUACCAAUUGAUGCUUAG